AUGAGAUACUCGAACAAGUAUGCAGCACGUCUUAAAGUAACUUUAAAUCCCGGCGUCAUGCAUACUGGGAAAAAUAGAAGAAGCGUCGGGAAGCGAAGAAUGAAAAAGGUAGAUAAUAAUCCACUCAAUUGCAGUUUUUUCUUAGGGUGUAACCAUCCAUAUAUACAGAAUAUUGAGAUGGUUCUACGAGCUUCUCUUUUGGCUCUUAUCCUGCUAAUAUUCGCGCUAGCGUGGGUAACUAAAGUGGAAAUUCCCUUCUUGCGGAUUGGGGACCUGUUUGACUCCAUCGUAAAUAAGCUUUACUCCGAUAUCGAGAUAAAUCUUGCUAAUCGCUGUGGAACAAGUAGCUCAGUGGACGAAAAUAUCAGUUUUGACUCAAAGCUAGCAUUGAGCAUGUAUUUAAGCACACUAACGGUGGAUUUUAAGAGUAGUGUCCCGUUUCAGUGGUACCAUUGGCUUGAUAUGAGUGCACUCGAAGCUACUUCGAUGUGCGGUGGUUCAGAAAAACCAAGCUGCAGGCAGCUCUUUGGAGAAAGCCAUUCGUCUGUAGAGAGCUACUGUGUUGAUGAUAUAAAUAGCCCAUUAGGAUAUCAAAUAGUGACAACUCCAAAGGAGGGGACGACUAUAAAAGAGCUGAUCCUAAUUUCUAAAUCGUACCUCUUUAAUUCGCAAGAAAGGCCCAUCCCAAGCGAAAUAGUAUUCAGUACCAACAAAGGUUUGCACAAGUUAGCGGUAGACGGGACACAGCAGUUGGUAUCAAAUUUUGACUUUCUAGAAUAUCAAAAGCGCUAUAGGGAAAUGUUGAGAACCGGUCAGUUCAUUGAUCCGUUAGUUGCCUGGACUAGCCUUUCCACAUAUUCCUUAACUUUGGUUGCAAUUCCUGCACAAACGGCUGCAACUCAUACACUAAAUGAAUCUUCAUUUCAGGUUAACAUCGUUAAUACUAUGUUAAAUCGCAAGACUUCCCAUAGGGAAACAAAAUAUAGAGAGUCAUUGUCAAAUUCUCUUAGGAUGGUCGAAAACUCCGUUCGAACGGGAAAGCCUGUGGAUAAAUAUUUCUCUGAAACUUUUGCGAUUGAUGCGGAGGGAAACAGGGUAGGGAAUCAUUAUGAUUGGAGAUUUUUUAGCGGAAUAAAAGAAGGAAAGGAAUUGCAGAUCAUCUUGCGUCGACUACUUCGAAAUUGGCUACAGUUUACCAGAAAAGCUGGGCUAAAGACAUGGAUUGCACAUGGUACACUUUUGUCUUGGUAUUGGAAUAGCUUGAACUUCCCUUGGGAAGAUGAUGUAGAUGUUCAAAUGCCAAUUCGAGAUCUCCACCUUUUGGCUGAAGAAUAUAAUCAAACGAUAUACGUGGAAGACUUGGAAAAAGAAUGUAGGGGUAGUUAUCGCGGGCGGUAUUUUAUUGAUAUAACAUCCUCCAUAUCCCUUAGGGAAAGACUUGAUGGCUCCAAUACGAUCGAUGCGAGAUUUAUAGACAUAGACUCUGGUAUCUUUAUAGAUAUAACUGGUUUAUCAAUAUCAAAGAUGCCGCCACCUCGGAGAUAUUUAUCCAAUUUGCCACAAGAUUUUAAAUUCAUGAAUGGUCAAGGAGAAGAGGCUAAACUAGACUCAUACCAGAAAGGAAACGAAAUAUUAAAGAUAUACAAUUGCCGGAAUGGGCAUUUCGCUUCCAUAUCAGAGUUAUCCCCAUUGAUUCCGGUAUUUAUAGAAGGAGAGUUGGGAUUUGUACCCAAUUCAUUUCAAUCAAUGCUUACUGUUGAGUAUGGAAAAUCCAGCUUGACCACAAAGAGAUUUAAUGGAUAUUUUUUUAUUCUGAGAUUAAGAUUAUGGGUCAAGGAACAUGACCUUUGUACAUUUUUGCAGAAUAAGGAAGCUUGGGUAGAAAGCAAGGGAGAAAUCUCUAAUAAAAAUGAAAGUUGCAAAUUGACCUUUGACGAAGUUUCACGAGUCCUCGAACUCACCAAAGAUGACUUAGCCAAAUUUGUGACAAAGCAGGAGAUAGCCAUGGAAUAUCACGCUACUAGAGAGCUCACUUAUAGACAUUUUGAGUUAAUGAAGAGUAUCAGAAGAGAGACUACCACUUCCUGA